UUAAUCGAAGUCGAAAUGCAAUAUAAUCGACUUUGCAAUCGCACCACACCCGCUGCUCGCGCCCUCGCAAUCGAUAUCCUUAUUCCUGUCAAAUGGAUGAUAAUGGCAGCGACGAUGGUUGACACAAUGUUGCAGAGCAAUGGCUUUCAGACGAAAAAGAAAGAGGACAUCGAGAAUAAGGAUAAUUUGUGGUCAUCCAUUUUAGCAGAAGUGCAGAAUAGCAGCAACAACAAGCUACCAUCAAACAAAAACGUCCUCGUUCUAGGUGAUAAUGAAAGUGGGAAGACUACACUUAUAGCUAAGCUACAAGGUGUGGAGGAUCCAAAGAAAGGCUCUGGAUUAGAAUUUGCAUAUAUUGAUGUUAGAGAUGAUUAUCGAGACGAUCACACAAGGCUAUCUGUGUGGGUUUUGGAUGGAGACCCAGGUCAUGCAAAUCUUUUGAGAUUUGCACUGAACAAAGAGAGGUUUCCGCAUACGCUUGUUAUGUUAGUUGCUGCUAUGACUACUCCAUGGGCCAUUCUUGAUCAGCUUCAAUCAUGGGCAGCAUUAUUAGGCGAUCAUAUUGACAAAUUACCAUUAGAUAAUGAUACUAGGCAACGGUGCAGGCAGCUUAAUAUUAAGAAAUGGCAAGACUACACAGAACCAGGAGAUGAACUAGAUCCUGGGAGUCCUUUGCGACGUACCAGUCGUAAUUUAGAUGAUGAUACCACUGAGAGUUUACCUUUACCAGAGGGAGUACUUACAACCAAUUUGGGCUUAGAUGUUGUCGUGGUCAUAACGAAAACCGAUUAUAUGUCCACUCUAGAAAAAGAACAGGAUUACAAAGAUGAACACUUCGACUUUAUGCAGCAAUGGAUCAGGCGAUUUUGCUUGCAAUAUGGUGCGGGUCUCUUCUACACAUCAGCGAAAGAGGACAAAAACUGUGAUUUGCUUUAUAAAUAUCUUACACAUAGAAUAUAUUCUUUACCGUUUAGAACACCGGCAUUGGUUGUUGAAAAGGACGCAGUACUUAUUCCUGCUGGUUGGGAUAACAUGAAGAAAAUUAGCAUUCUACAUGAAAAUUUGCAAUCUAUGAAGGCGAACGAUUACUAUCGCGAUGUUAUUGCACAGCCAGCGAUAAAUCGGAAAUGUGUUGCCAGAGAAAUGGAGAUUCAUGCAGAGGAAGAGCAAGCUUUUCUCGCGCGACAGCAAGCUGCUCUAUCCGGCUUGAAAGAUCCCACUCGUUCUCCAACAACUCGGAAUCAGGCAAGCCCUGGACCAAUUAUACAGGUGGCGUCUCCGAACAAGAAGCUGGAUCCCAAGGGUACCGGUGCGACGCCGUCCGGAGAAGGUGUCUUAGCUAAUUUCUUCAAUUCUCUUCUUUACAAGAAAACUGGAGUGCAGCCCGGUUCACCAGGAACGCCAGGCAACGUUGGAACGAGUCCCUUAAAACUUGAGGCUACACCAGUGGACAAAGCGACAAUGUGCAACGAUGCAGCGGCGGAAUUAGAUCGUCUCACUCGGACGAAGAAAAUUUCCCCACCCAAUUUAAAUUCGUCCUCUGAAUGUUAAAGGUAACGCGCUUUUUCUUCGCGACCUAUUAUUGAUGGAAUAAUCGAUGCUUCGUGCUAUCAUUAGAUAGAAUUAAAACAAGAAUUGAAAAUUGGAUUCUCUUUUAUUUGUUACAAUUGCGCACGUACUGUGUGAUAUGGAACACAAUAAACGAGUAUAAUAAUAAAAAAAAAAGAUAGGUCGUGAAGAAAUAAAAUUUAACUCUAAUCAUUCUAAUGGUAGUUUAACUCUGAUAAAACCUCAAAGGAAAUCUAAAAAAAAAGAGAGGAAAAAAUAAAAUACUAUAAUCUGUGUCACACAACUCUCUGUGACAAUCUCGAUUGUUGUGUUUGACUAAA